CGUUAUUUGAUUCUUUUCUUUUACGUUAUUUGAUACGUAUCUUUCAGGACAUGAGGGUAGAGUAGGAAUGGCUGCACUUUUGCUGCAAGAUGGUCAAAAUUUUGAUGGAGCCAGGACCUACGAGGUUGUACAAUCCUAUCUCCCCAGCUAUGCAAGACCUCGAUUUCUCAGAAUCCAGAGUUACCUGCCUGUCACUGCAACAUUUAAGCAGAUGAAGGUAAAGCUGGCGGAAGAAGGCUUUGACCCAGGUGUGAUUCAGGAUCCUUUGUACUUUCUGGACGACAGCAAGAAGAGCUAUAUUCCACUGGCACAGGAGGUGUACGAGUCAAUAAGGGACGGCACGGUGAAGCUGUGAACCAUGUGCGAUCUGGGGAAUUGAGCUUUUAAUGACAACAAAUAAUGAGAAUACUUUCAAAUUUGUGACGACUAAAUUUAGUAUAGAGAGAAAGCAGCAGGAAUGAAAGCUUUUGCAAAAUGCAUUUGAACAAAAAGUAAGAAUUGCCCAAUUAAGGAAUCAUCAGUCAUGAAUAAAUAAUUUAUGGAUGGCAAUCAUAUUAGUGUUUUGUGAAAUAUUUCCACAAGUAUUGCCUUAAAAAUGUGAAUAUAGUUGGAAAAAAUUGUUAAUAAAAUGUUUUGAAUGUUACACAAUUUGUAGAACUUUUCUAAAAUGAAAAGGCAAUAUUAGUGUCAGUCUGUAUUAGGUAAAUGAUUAUGAAAGAUAGAUGGACAGAUGGAUGGAUGGACAGAUGAAUAUAUGGAAGGAAGGAAAAGGCAAUAAUGCACUGGCAUGAUUGAUGAAGAUUAAAGAAAUAAUGGUUUAA